CACAUGUCAUAUAUGUGCAUAUUUCCAGAAAAUUCUUGCGAAAGUUGUGUUUUGUUUUGUUCAACGACAAUGUAAUAGUGUCUCUGUAAAUUUUACAGGUGAUGAUGCUGAAAUAUAUAUCAGUUAUGAAGAUCUUUAUACUCUUCCUCCUACUGGUAAGGAAACAAUAUCGAGCGGGUCAAGCGCCAUCUUUAACUUCUCUGGUCAAAUUUGAACAAUGUCAGGCGGAUAACUUAGGGCACGUGUUUCUACAUGGCAACGAUGUCAGCCUACGCAAGUGUGCAGCGCAUUGCUCGAAGAAGGAAUGGUGUAAAGGUUUGGCGUUUGUAAAGAACGUGAUGUUGUGCAGUCUUUACAACAAUAUGACUUUAUGGGAGAAAAGGCAAAGCACCCGCGGCGAUUGUGCCGUAAUCUACAAAGACAACCUUACAGGAAUGAACUUUGUUGACAUUCCACUGGAGGAACUUAAAGAGUGCGACGAAUUCGUCAGUGUGCCUAACGGAGUCGUUCUUGGUAACAUGAACAGAGAGGGAAAUCGGAGGCAGGUUGUUUGUAACAAAGGGUUUGUCAUACAAAACGGAAGUGACAUAAGUCAAUGUAUAAACGGGACAUGGACACCCAAACCAACAUGUGUCCCUGAUUGCCAAAAAGGAUGGGAGAAAUAUGGAAAUGCUUGCUACCACCUUUUCACGCAAACUGUUAUGACAGCUGAUGCCGCAAACGAGUUUUGCAAAUCAGUCGAUGCGAAAUUGAUGACAAUUACAACAGACGAUGACAAGGAUUAUCUUUCCACUAGAGCAGGUAACAUAGGGUGGAAAACAUGGACUGGAUUGAAGAUGAAAGAAGGUCAAUUGAAGAACAUGUACACUAACGAAACUGUCGUUAUUACAAACAUGUGUAAUGUCGAACAAAGCUCCAGCGUUGACCAGACUUGUGUAACCGUAGCCGUAGACGAAAAAAAGUCGUAUGCUUAUUGUGUGUACGCAAAUUCAUGCUCUUCUAUGUUCUUGAUUGCCUGCAAGAAAGCGUUUGAUACAUAAAGGCUUGUAUUGAUUUCAUUCUACUUAGUCAUUGAAUAUUACAGAGACAUGGCUCUAUUCGGGUUAUCAAGAUUUGUUGUUCAUAGUAUUGACAUGAUAACCUGGAGGGUGAUGCAAACAUUACAAAAUAAUUCGAUAUUGUAUCGUUUCAUUAUUUCCAGUUUGAUAAUUACGUUAUUAGUC